AUGGCUCCUUCACUCGAGGGCUUCUAUGAGGAAAGCCCCGUCAGUUUGACCAACAACAACCUUCCAAGCAAACCUCUUUCCUCUUCUGUCUCUUCAUACAUUCCGGGAAGGACAGCUGUGGAGAAUCAUGAUAAUUAUGAUUACGAUGACCUGAAGCCGUCUUUCCCAGACAAGCAUUGGCCACCACUGGAGGAGGUCCCGUACAAUGACAAAGGCCUCCUCGGCGACCCAACAUUCAAAAAUAUCCUUGCCAACGCGACAGAUGUAUUCGAUUACAAUCCCAAAAUCGGAACAGAAAUCUACGGAGUCGACCUUGCAAACCUCUCAGAUGCAGCAAAGAACGAUCUCGCACUCCUGAUAGCUACCCGUGGUGUUGUAUUCUUCCGGAAUCAAAAUAACUUUGACAUCGACGCUCAACGAAAAAUUGGUGCAUACUACGGGACCCUCCAUAAGCAUGCUACGACUGCAGUACCCAAACGAGGAGACCUAGAUGACGUGCACGUGGUCUACACCGACGAGAAAUCUAAAGAUCAGAGAGCCAUGUUCACACCCACCUUUCUGUGGCAUUCAGACGUUACCUACGAACUACAACCGCCUUCGUACACUUCACUGAAAGUGCUCACCGGGCCCCCUAGAGGUGGAGGAGGAGGUACGCUUUGGUCCUCUCAAUACGCAGCUUACGAUACCCUAUCAGCCCCAAUGCAAAAGUACCUCGAAUCACUGACUGCUUUGCACUCCUCACACAUACAAGCCGAAGGUUCCCAAGCCCUCGGUCGAACAGUUCGGAGAGAUCCAAUUAUCACCGAACAUCCAAUUAUCAGAUCUCACCCCGUCACGGGCUGGAAAUCCCUCUUCUUCAACCCAGGCUUCGUGACGAAGAUCGUAGGGAUCCCGAAGGUGGAGAGUGAUAUGAUUAUUUCGUAUUUGAAUGAGGUUGUUGCUACGACGCAGGAGAUGCACGUUAGGUUCCAGUGGGGGAAGGAUGACGUUGCGUUUUGGGACAACAGGAUUACUAAUCACUCAGCGUCGUUUGGAUUUGCGCCCCAUCGGAGGCAUGCUGUGAGAGUUUGCUGCCAAGGAGAGAUGCCGUCGUUGUCUUCUGAUGCUACCAGCCAGGAAGAGGAUCUGGGGAAAAAGUAUGGCAUACCUGCGGUCAAUAAAGACGGUAGUGGGCAAAGCAACUAUAACGACUAAAAGUGUUUAGAGAAACGUAAAACUUCGAUAGCAGGCGUUAGAGGUACAUGGUUGGGAUCAGCGUUUAUAAUAUUGAGCAUUUACACCACAAGAGCAACGAAUUUGGUUCACAUUACGAGCACAG